AUGGGCAGGAUGAUGACUGGGACCGUGCCGGGGACAGCCCUGAGGGCAAGUGGGGAAGCGCGACCGAUGACUUCGGUGUCCGGCGCCGGUUACCAGUCGAAGAAACAAGGAACAUUCGACCCGUUGAACCAAGGACAUGGCCCCGCCCCUGCGCUGGCAGAGAAGUCUGACAACGGUCCAGAAUAUCUCGCAAAGGAGAUGGAACGGCAGGACAAGAAAGAGAAGGCCCUGUGCAAGCAGAGGGAAAGGUACGGCCUGGUCGACCAAAUCAACCUCGACCUCACCUAUGCGGUUUGCUUUAACCUGGCCAACUGCUACCACCAGAAUGGCAUGAAGAAAGAGGCCUUGCGAGAGUAUGGCGCUAUCGUGAAGAACAAACAGUACCCACAGGCUGGACGACUUCGGGCGAACAUGGGUAAUAUCUACUACGAGCAGCGUGAAUACCCGGAGGCAAUUAAGAACUACAGAAUGGCACUGGAUCAGGUUCCCAACACCGGAAAAGAAGUGCGCUUCAAGAUCAUCCGCAACAUUGGGACUGCUUUUGUGCGCAUGGGGCAAUUCCAGGACGCGAUCGGUCAGUAUGACACAAUCAUGCAGGGAAAUCCCGACCACCAGACCGGCUUCAAUCUAGUCCUGUGCUACUACGCUCUGGAAGAUGGACUUUCGAUGAAGAAGGCGUUCCAACGGCUUGCAGCUAUUCCAGUUCAGGGAACCACCGAAGACGACAACGACGAGGACGAGUCCAAGGCGGCGGAUGAGGCUGAGAUCACAGGACAGGCGGCGCCAGACAAGCUGCGGGCAGAGCUUCAGAGGCGAAAAAAGGAAGCAGAACACUACGUCUUUACGGCGGCAAAGCUCAUAGCUCCGGUGAUGGACAAGAAGGACUGGGAAUCAGGAUACGACUGGGUGGUGGAGACGAUCAAGUUGGACCACGAGUACCUCGCGUCCAAGAUGGAAGUCGAGAAGGCCUUGCACUACCUCAAGACCAAAGAAUUUGACAAGGCAAUCGAGCACCUGAAGGCGUUCGAGAAGAAAGAUCAGCAUCUCAAAGCAAUGGCGGCCACCAACCUCGCAUUCAUCUACUUCCUCGAAGGUGAAUUCAAGAGCGCUGACUCGUACGCAGAUAUGGCAAUCCGGCACAACCGGUACAACGCCAAGGCUCUUGUUAACAAGGGGAACUGCUUGUUCAUGUCGAAGGAGUAUGAGCGCGCGAAAGAAAUAUUCCUUGAGGCUAUCGGGGUGGAGGUGGACUGCGUGGAGGCAAUCUACAACCUGGGUCUGGUGAACAUUCACUUGGGCCUCCCUGGCGACUCUCUCCAGGCGUUCGAGAAGCUCCACACGAUCAUCCCGAACAACACGGAGGUUAUCUAUCACAUCGCAAACCUAUACGAGGCUCACAUGGAGAACCUCCCGCAGGCGUCGAAGUGGUUCAACAUCUUACUUGCACGCGUUCCGACUGACCCAGGCAUCUUGAGUCGAAUGGGGCACAUCGCGAACAAGGAAGAUGAUGAUAGCCAGGCAUACUUCUACCAUAAAGAGAGCUAUCGGCAUUAUCCUGUCAACUUGGACGUGAUAUCGUGGCUGGGCGUGUGGUACGUGAAGAGCGAGCUUUACGAGAAAGCAAUACACUACUUUGAGACUGCGGCACAGAUUCAGCCCACGGAGGUAAAGUGGCGAUUGAUGGUCACGAGCUGCUUCCGCCGUAUGGGUAACUACCAGAAGGCGCUAGAGCUCUAUGAGCAAAUCCACACCGAGUACCCGGAAAACCUCGAAUGUCUUCGCUACCUGGUGGCAAUUUGCCGAGAUCACGACCGACCAUUCCAACACUAUCAGCAUAAGCUAGCACGAUUGGACAGGGCGACGCCUGGAAGGGGUCCAAGCACGGCCACGACAGAGGUGGCCAAUCCUGGCGAGCCUGCCCCAAAUCCCGGAAGAGAGAAGCGAUGGUCUGGCGGAGACCGGCGGGGAUCCGAGCAACGAAACACAGGAGGGUCCGAUUCCGGCAGUGGAUCUCCCGCAAACGCACCAAACGCCCGUGUUGUGGAACGAGAAGGCGUAGGAGCGGACCGAGGUUUGGUUCUUGCUUGCGUGCCGAAACGAGUUCUUGGUUAA